CUCGCGUCUCAUGGCAGAUCGUGCUGAGUGGGAGGGGAGGGAGGAGCUGCUACUGCUUCUGCUUCGGGCCUCGGUGUGGGAUGUUCAAUUUGGGAUUGGGCGUGGAGUCGGGCUGUUGAAAAAGGAGAGGCCUGAGCUUGAUAGGGGAGAGGUUGGGAUGCCGACUGGGGAGGGAGGUGGGACGACGACGGCGGUCUUCUCGCCAUUGUCUGAGUUAACCCCGGGAAGGAGAGAGGCCUGCAUUGACGGCGAUCUCCCCAUCCCACCCUCUCAAAAAUCACUGUCUGUUUAAGUCCCCGUUAUUUAGUUCCCGGCCACGAUCACAAAACACUCUGCUGUGUUUUCUUUUUUAAAAAAAUUCACUCCUCCUUCAGCCUGCUUAAAAAAAUAAAAAAUGAUGUUAGCACCCAUGUCCGAACGCCUGAAAGUUUUGGACUUGCUGCAGACCGUUAAGAUUAGCUGAAGUGGGCAGAUUUUCGUGUUAAUGUGAUUUCUGCACAGUACAGUAUGAGGCUAACCUUUUCCUUUGCGGAAAGGACCUGGCUUUUUGGGUUACCAGUGACAUACGUUGGUUAUAUUUUCGAUGCUGACGAUGUCAGAUGUAGCAAUGGGAAGUAUCAGUGGGGGAUACUUGUGGCUGUAGGUGACUGACCUGGGGUUAAAGUUCUGACUCUGCUUAUGAAAUAUGCUGUCUGAUAUAGUCUUCACUAUUUUCAUAUAAAUAAUAGUUACUUAUGUGUUAAAAGUGAAAACAUAGUAUAAAUAUGUUUUAAGGAAGGCACUCUGUAGGCUUACAUCAUGUUCCACUUAUUUGAAGAUGGGUAAAAUGAAAGGUGCAAGAUUUUGGAUUUGGGUCAGGGUUGAAAAACUAGUGUGGAUUGAAAAUUUGGAGUUGGAUUUAAAUUAUGCUUGGCUAUGAGAAUUGCUUAUGUUAAAGAAUGUAGUCCAACCCUACAAGAUUAGUAAAAGACUGGAGUAAAUUUAAAAUGCCCUGAGACUGUGGGCCCUUUGGGGGCUGGGAAAUUAUCAUUGCACUUGUAUGCCUUUUUUAGCAGUAGAGGAUGGAAGCAUCAAUUAUUGCAGGCCUACAGUAGUUGUAUGAAUGUUAAGAUAUUAGGUCAGGAAUAUGACCUGUGAAUCUGUUUAUGUGCUUUGUAUAGAGAGGUGCAUUUCGUACAUGGAGCCGUCUUCAUGGAAGCUCUCAAACUAGGGAGUAAGCCAAAACACUUAGGUUUUUGUGCAAACAUCCUUCAUAUCGUUGUGAAUGUAGGUCCAGUGCUGGAUGACUAGAAUCCUGUCCCCACAGGAUACCAUAACCUGGGUGAAGAGUGGGUAAGAAAUUGAAUAAAGUAUAAUAGAUGGGGACAGGAAGGAUGAACUGAGUGCAUGUGUCUGUUGGACCUUUUAAACUCUUGUUGUAGGGUUGUUUCGGGUAUCUGGCCAUAUGUAAAACCAUCAGUGACAAUGAAGCAUGUUUCUGGCUUGACCUACAUUAGAUUGUGACAGGUAGCAAACACUUUUAGACAGUCACAUGUGCCGUGGCUUCUACUCAGAAGUUGGGUGCGUGCACAGCUGUUAACACUCUUUUGCUCUUUGCUGGAGGCCUACUUUGAGCAAGGUGGAGGACUAGCUUCCCCUUCCAUUGGUAUACUGCUAGCACAACCCGUUAAGACAUUGACUAUCAUUCAACACAUCAGUUUUCCUACUUGAGUGAACAGUAGCACUUGUACCACUCGGAUUUGACCUCAGGGAUCCUUUAGUUGCUAAUUUUCUACUCUACUGGCUCCCGAAGGGUUAGGACUAGGUUCUAGCAUCAUGCACUAUUUGGUACAUGAGGGAAUGACUGUGUAACUCACCACAGCUGACCAGACAAGUUUGUUUUAAGAGAAUAGCCAUGAUCCACUUUGCCAUGUUGAGCUUUAUGUUCCACUGCUUAUGUUUUUUAAUACUGCGCAGGGCUGAAUCUAUCAUCAGUAGAGGAUGCGCCUGGUUGUGUGGAGGCAAUUUUUGCUUGACACACUUGAUCACCCUAGUCUUAAAGUGGAUAAUAAACUGCAAUAGUAGUAGUAGCAGUAGUAAUAGACUGCUCUCUUAUUGAUCAGAUAACAGUAUGGAAAAUAUGUGUUAGCAGUCACUAUAUGGAAAUAUGCAUUUGGAAAGACAGGAAGUGCAAUUUUCCAUGGAACAGGAAUAUUUGGGAAAGGUUGCUAAAGAGGUGAAGACUAGUUUUUAACUAAACAACUUGGCUUUAAUGUUCUCAGACCUUUUAAUUAAUGAUGCUGAUUAAGAGUGUUCAGCUUAGCCAUGGAAAGCCAGGCUCAAAUCGCUGCUCAUGUCUGGUGGCUUUUGCUAAAUUAUGGUUUAUCAGCUACCUCCCCAGGAUUUUAAACACAGUCACUAGCAAACAUCUCCCACUUUGUAGAUGGUAUGGCUCCCACCUUUGCGAUUUGUCUCUGUGGUCAUGGGCCGCAGGAAACAGGCCCAUGGGUUAACACUGCUGGGGUAUCUGCUGCUAUUCCAGUAUUCACCUUCAACUGAAAUUGGGUAAGGGUAACAGGCUUAGGCAAAGUUAUUUACCAAGCCUGCCUAAUCCUUCCCUUUGCUGCCAGCUGUGUACGCCCCCUUCCUCAGUUGCCUAUCACUACUACUCUAGAUUUCUAGCCAUAAAUGGAUAGGAGAGGCUGUUCUACACAAUCAUGGUAGCACUGUUGUUUUUUGUUCUAUUCUUUUCUAUUCUGUGUACUCCUCCCAUAAUGGAAAGUUGAGAAAUAUAGGUAGACUAAGCUGCAUUGCUUUUUCUACCUGGGAGGAGAGCAUUGCAAUGGAAGUGAGAAUAAAAUUCUAACAAUUAUCCAUUUGUGUGGUGCAGUUGAUGUCCUGUAAACAAGCAGGUAAGUGGAGAUCUGUAGCUAUAUGUUUAGGCCUGAGUUAUCCUAGUGCUGGUUCUUACCUGGGAAAUCCUGAAAACUUAGGUCUUACAUCUGAGGGUCCAGGAUUCAUGUGUGUGUUCAGCUGAGUGUGCUUUUUACACCUCAGCCUGGAUAGCUCAGUGGGUUAGGGUGUACGGUGGUAUCUCUGGUUAUGAACUUGAUUCAUUCCGGAGGUCCGUUCUUAAGCUGAAACUGUUCUUAACAUGAGGCGCGCUUUCGCUAAUGGCGCCUCCCACUGCUGCCACGCCGCCAGCAUGCGACUUCCGUUCACAUCCUGGGGCAAAGUUCGCAACUAGGGGCAUCUGCUUCCGGGUUAGCGGAGCUCAUUACCCAAAGCAUUCGUAAGGAGGACGGUACGUAAUCCAAGGUUCCACUGUAGUGCUGAUAAUGCCACGGUUGCUGCAUAUUUGGGUUGGACUAGAUAAUCCUCAGGGUCCCUUCCAACUCUUGAAUCCAUGAACCAUCUUGAUAAUAUAGUGGUACCUCGCAAGACGAAUGCCCUGCAAGAUAAUUUUUUCGCAAGACGAAUGCAUCUUGCGAUCUGAUGGUGACUCGCAAGACGAUUUCGUUUUGCGAAAAAUUCCAUCUUGUGAAUCACUGUUUCCCAUAGGAAUGCAUUGAAAUUUAAUUAAUGCGUUCCUGUGGGCAAAAAAAAGAAAUGUCAAUGCAUUCCUAUGGGAAACUGCGAUUCGCAAGACUAUUUUUUUGCAAAAUGAAUUGACUCGUGGAACGAAUUAAAUUCGUCUUGCGAGGCACCACUGUGUGUGAAUUUUAUAUGGAUGCAUGGAUGUGGACAAGAAGAAUGUGGCUACUCUCCAGCAAUGGAAGUCAAUUGCUGUGGAGUUCUGCCAAAGCCUAAGUACUAUCUUGACCAUUUUAGCGCUUAUGAAUGUUCUAAGCAGAGGGAAAAUUGAAAUGGCUCAAAAGCUUGUUUCCUUCCAACCCCUUCCAUCCCUCAGCUUUGAACCCUAACAUACAUUUUCUCUCCUCCCAACCACUUCAAAUCUUCUUUACUUAGUGACCAAUGUUAAGGGUGAAGUUAUUUUUAGCUCCAUGUUUAAUAAAUUUUGUACUUCAUCUGUAUACUUUAAAAGCACUGCCAAUUUCUCAGAGCCUAAGUAUCAGUUUUAAUUCAGUGUUGAUUAAUAUUAUUCAUUGAAAGCUACUGAAAGUAGAUGACCCAUUGUUCAGUCAUCCCUCUUUAAUCUAUGCAGUCUUUGCUUGAUUUUUAUGGUUGAAAUUGAGAUUGCAAGCUCCUUGGUGUAGAGACCUGUGUCUUGCUAACAUUACUCUAUAAAGCACAAUAUGCUUUGGAUUAUAAAUAAUAGAAAUACCUUCCAGUGUUUCAAAGAGGUUCAGGCUUUGGCAAGUCUUCAUGUGAAAUAAGUUGUGUAAUGAAUGCAUGACAUACAAUACCUAGUAAAUGUACCAGUUGAAAUCUUUAGUGGACUAGUAAAUACAUUUGCAUAAGUAGCUUAUGUAUAAAGUAGGCCAGAAAUAUGACAGAUUCUGUGGUCCUUUGGUGAUUUCAGUUGACCACUUACAGUGUGAUAUUUAUCCUCAUGGUGAGGAAAGUGCUUUGUGGUUCUGUUAUUCUGCUUUCCAUGUGUUAAUAAUGCUUGCAUUACAGCUUGGUCAGAUGCUAAACAAAUUCAGUUUACCAUGUAGUUGCAGCCAUGAUACAAUAAAUGGUAAAUGAGAACACUACGUGUAGUAGUUUGAGAGUAGAGGUGAGCUUUGAAUAAAAUGUAUGCUAAAUAUAUUAAUAGGAAUUGGACAGUUGGGAAGGUAGGUAAAAGGUAAAAGCCUGUUUUUCUCAUAUUCAUAAAGUUUUAGCCUGCAUAUUAAGAAGCAUUUUCAAAUAUUGAGACACUUGGCCACAUGUUGAAAUUUGGCUACAUACUAGGGAGCAAUAUGGCACAGGAUUUGACUUGAAAUAUGAGAUCGCAGCAAUAAUAAAAUUCUAUGUAUUUAUAGCCAUAGGCCUAGCUUGCACAUAAUACUUAGCUAUGAUUUGUUUAACAAACCACUAGUUAAUCACAAAUUGUCAAACAAACCCGAUUCUCCAAAGUCUGAUUUGUUGUCUGCCUCCUAUUGCCUCAUGCCUUUGUAGGUUGGGGUUUGAGUUGGGGUGACCAUGCUUAAAGAAGGAUGUUAGGUUCAUGCAUAACACUAGGCUAUAGUUAAAGCAAGCCAUAAGUCAGCAACAGACUGUGGCUGCAGAUCUCGUAACAAGCUAUAAUUUAGCAGUACAGUAUGUGUUAACCAGGCCAUAUUCUGUAUUUGAACAAUAUUUCUGAGAAUUGUAUAUGAAACUUUGUAUAGAAGAACGGUUAAAUUAACUGAGUUGCAUGGAACAGUUCUCUAAAUGUGUGUGUUGGGUGGAAUGAUUUUUCUGCUGAUCUUUGUUAAUAUAUUUAUAACCCACCUUUCCAGCGAGAAGCUCAAGCUGAUAUAUAUGGCUCUUCCCAUCUCCAUUUUAUCCUUGCAGCAACCCAGUGAGGUAGGCUUAGCUAAGAAAAGGUGGCUGGUCUGAAGUUACCCAUUGAGCUUUAUGGCUGAUUGGAAAUUUGAACUUGGAUCUUCUACGCCCUAGUCUAACUGGCCCUACCCCACUGGAAAUUACGAGUUAAAAUAAAUGUUGCAUCCUGCAUUAUCUGAAGUCUUUCAAGCUUAAUCAGUUCCUGUUGGCUGAAGGAAUGUAAACCCUAAGGUUUUAGAUCUGUGCAAAAAUUGGCAGAGCUGCAGUUGACAGAUUUCUUUGCAAAUUAGAUAAACAUGGGUGCGUUUUUGGAUAAACCAAAAACUGAGAAGCAUAAUGCUCAUGGGGCAGGAAAUGGGCUCCGCUAUGGCCUCAGCAGUAUGCAAGGAUGGAGAGUGGAAAUGGAAGAUGCUCACACAGCUGUUGUAGGAAUUCCUCAUGGUUUAGAGGACUGGUCCUUUUUUGCUGUUUAUGAUGGUCAUGCAGGAUCUCGUGUGGCAAAUUACUGCUCAAACCACUUAUUAGAACACAUCACUAGCAAUGAAGACUUCAGGGGAACAGAACAGCCCGGCUCGGCUCUUGAACCUUCAGUGGAAAAUGUAAAGAGUGGAAUCAGAACUGGCUUUUUGAAAAUUGAUGAGUACAUGCGCAAUUUUUCAGACCUCAGAAAUGGCAUGGACAGGAGUGGCUCAACAGCAGUGGGAGUUAUGAUUUCACCUGAGCACAUUUACUUUAUCAACUGUGGAGACUCACGUGCUGUUCUCUAUAGGAAUGGACAAGUCUGCUUCUCAACACAGGAUCACAAGCCUUGCAAUCCAAGGGAGAAAGAGCGAAUCCAGAAUGCAGGAGGGAGUGUCAUGAUCCAGCGUGUUAAUGGCUCGUUAGCAGUUUCUCGUGCUCUGGGGGACUAUGACUACAAAUGUGUGGAUGGCAAAGGUCCUACAGAACAACUUGUUUCUCCGGAACCUGAGGUUUAUGAAAUUGUAAGAGCAGAAGAAGAUGAGUUUAUUGUCUUGGCUUGUGAUGGAAUCUGGGAUGUAAUGAGCAAUGAGGAGCUCUGUGAAUUUGUUAAGUCUAGGCUUGAAGUAUCGGAUGAUCUGGAAAAAGUGUGCAAUUGGGUAGUGGAUACUUGUUUACACAAGGGAAGUCGUGAUAACAUGAGUAUUGUUCUAGUUUGCUUUUCAAAUGCUCCUAAGGUCUCAGAUGAUGCAGUGAAAAGAGAUGCAGAAUUGGAUAAGCACUUGGAAUCACGGGUGGAAGAAAUUAUGGAGAAAUCGGGUGAAGAAGGAAUGCCGGAUCUUGCUCAUGUAAUGCGCAUUUUGUCUGCAGAGAAUAUUCCAAACUUACCACCAGGAGGUGGUCUAGCUGGCAAGCGAAAUAUUAUUGAAGCUGUUUAUAGCAGGCUGAACCCACACAGAGAGAAUGAUGGGGACCCUGGCGAAGCCGCAGAAGGUGGAACACAGGGAAAGUUUGUGGAAGCUCUCAGACAAGUGAGAAUUACUCAUAGGGGGACCUACCGCCACCUUCUGGAGGACGUGCUGAUUAGUUACAGGCUAGCUAGAAUGCAGGGAGAAGAAGGCUUUGAUGAAUCGGCUACAGCCUCUACUUCAGAUUCCUCUGAUGGAUCCAGUGACCAAGAGACAGACACCAAAGCAGAAAGUGAGCAGAGUGCUCAAGAAGAUUCUGAGAUGGGCGAUGAACAGGGUGAUAAAAAGUUGUAAUACCUUCAUUUUUUCACACAGUUGAUGGUUUAGCAAUUAUAAUGUCUUGGUCUCUUGCUAUUUGUUACAUCUUAGACAGUUAGCUUUCCUCUUAAAUUUAUUUGUACAUGCUAAAUGCAUAAAAGGUAUUCUUCUCUCUGUGUGUUUUGUGUGUUGGGGGAGUUCUUCCCGAGAGCUGCUGCUUGCAUAGGCAUUGUUACGGCUUGUCCUCUGCAUGCAUGGCAGGAAGCAGAGCAGCAAAAUUCUUGUACAUUGGUCAAGAGGUUUGUGCGGAUUUUAGUCUCAUGGUAUUGGGCUAGAAUUUGAUAGUCUAAGAAGAAUGUCAUAGUGUAAAUGCAUUCAAGUGAAAGCUAUAACUUCUGUGGUUUUCAUUAAAUUGGUAGAGCCUAAAAUUGUCACCUUAAUCCAGCAUUUACAGUGUGUUGAUUAUAACUCACUUUCUUUUACUUAUUACGGUGAUGUAGAUAUUGCAUGUUUGUAUUGUGAAUAGUUCUUGUCAUGUCAAAGGCAUAUUAGCCCUUUAAGUUUUAAGGCAUGUUAAGUUAGUCAUGAUAUUAAAAUAUACAGUAUGGUGUUAUGUCAGGCUGUAAUUUGGACUAUAUCAUCUGUACCUGAUUUUCUGGAAUUGUAUUCAGGAUGCACUUAUAGCACCUCUGUAUCCAAUGGAUAAAUUGUAUUGACCAUUAGUGUUUAGUACAUGAGUUACUAUUGUCUAAGACCAAAUAAAAUAUGUGUGGAAUAAUCUGAAUGUAUAUUGACUUUAUUUAAGCUAUUUGGGGGGGGGGUAGUUCAAGUUGCCAUCAAACAGAGCAGAAUGUGUAAUAUCUAAUUUGUUAACAUGAGAGUGAUCUUUAUUCGUAUUAAGUUUUAACUCGCUGAACAAAUUUUAUUUCAGAAGUGAUACUCCUGGGCAAAUAAUAUUUGCUACUUUUAUUAAGUUUUCCGCCAUUGGAGAACUGACUUGUUUACACAUUGGAAUGUAAAAAUGAUAUUGUUAACACCUACAAAAAUGUUUAUUGGGUUAUGGGUUCUUUGGGUUAGGACCAUUGCUGUGCUCACCUUUAUGGAAGUGCUCGCUUUGAGGUGUUGCUCUCACACUUCCAAAAAAUCAUACUGACUGUCUAGCAGAUGUGUAGGCUAAUUUGCUUGGUCACAGUUUCAAAUGGUUCAUAUUCCUGGCAUUUUGUUCUUUUAUUGCCAUUAUGGUCCUGGGUUAGUGGAGGAGAGAGAGUGAUUGAACCACCUUGAGGGCAUGAUGGGUCUGGUAAGACUGUAGAAUGAGAAGUCCCAACUCCUCCUUGUAUGUUUAUUCCUUGUUCAGGACAAUGCAGAUUUUUAGGCCAGGAGAACACUAACAGUUUCCUUCUUCUUUUC